CACAGCGGCACCAGCAAACAGUUAAAGCAGUUGACAUUCCGCCAGCGGGCGCGGUGACAAACGGCAGCGGCGACGGCAACGGCAACGGCUGCGCUGGCGGCUGCUGCUAAGCUUGUUGUUGUUGUUGUUGUUGGCGGCAGCGGCAGCGGCAGAAACGGAGGCAGAGGCAGAGGCAGGUACAACAAUGAUAAGCACAUCCGGUUCGCAGACAUAACACUUUGGGGCGGAAGAGAACGGCAUGGUGAAAAUGGAGUCCACUGAGGAACAGGAUAGAAAGCUUGUCUUGGAGUUUUGCCAUUUGCUAGAGAAAUCCAAACAGCUCUUCAAUGGACUCAGAGAUCUGCCGCAGUAUGGGCAUCGGCAGUGGCAAGCCUAUUUUGGACGCACCUUCGAUGUCUACACAAAGCUCUGGAAAUUUCAGCAGCAACAUCGCAUGGUCCUCGACUCCAAAUAUGGACUGAAACGCUGGCAAAUUGGCGAAAUAGCCAGCAAAAUCGGACAGCUUUAUUAUCACUAUUAUUUAAGAACCAGCGAAACGAACUACCUGAACGAGGCGUAUCAGUUCUAUGCGGCCAUACGGGGACGUGCGUAUUAUUCGCGCGCUGCUAAGGAGGAUCGGCCGGAUUUGAUGGUGAAGAAGCUGCGGUAUUAUGCACGCUUCAUAGUCGUCUGUCUGCUGCUGAAGAAGAUGAAGCUGGUGCGGGAGCUGGUCACGGAGCUGGAGAAACAAAUACAGGAGUACACGAACACUUACGAGCCGGAAGAUCAUUUGGAAUGGACGAUGGUGCUGGGGGAGAUCAAGGGCUUCAUUAAGGCCGAGGCGGCGGUGGCAGUACUCCAUGCCGAUUCCAAUCCCAUCAUAUUAUCGCACAGUGGUUCCGGUUCUAGGUUAUCGCCGCUGACGACGCCGCCGUGCGAGAGAUCGCCGCACAUGACGCUCAGUUUGCAGGAGAUCCUGAUCGUUGGAUCGGCAUGCGAGCAGGCCAAGUUCUCCGAGCUGACGAUGGACAUGUUUAGAAUGCUGCAGACGCUGGAACGUGAACCGACGGAAGCGGCAACGAAUCCGCUGAGCAUGUCCCAUGGCCUGCACGGGCACGAUGCGAGUCCGGCGGCCGGUCGCAUACCACCAUACGUAUUGCCCGGCUCCAAGGGCUAUUUGGAGAAUGGCCGUAAUUUUCGAGACAAUCCACACAAAUAUCUAAUGUACAAGCCUUCGAUUAGCCAGCUGCUGGUCUUUCUGGCCAGCGGCUUUAAGGAGCUGCCUUUGGGUGGUGCUCUACUCCUGUACAUGUCAGCGGACGGCUGUUUCUCCACCACAAAGCAUCCCGAGGACUAUGGCUACGAGCUGGGCGGCGUGGGCACCAGUGUGAAGCGCGACAGCGUCGAUGGCGGCGGCCUAUCCUGUCGCGGCAAGUCCUACAAGGAGGGCCACUGCCUAUAUCCGGGCGAUCUAUAUCCCUUUACGCGCCGGCCCAUGUUCGUCAUCAUCGAUUCGGAUAAUUCGUUUGUCUUUCAGCAUAUACCCCGCUACUUUGGCCAGCCGCUGGUCGUUCUAAUGUCGCCGCAAGAUGUGCCGCCCGCUUUUCAAGCUGAUGUACAGCAACAUGGGUCGCUGUUCACGUUGUUCCUGCACUCCCCGCUCACGGCGCUCUGCUACAUAUGCAAUGUGGGAGAUGUGCCCAUCCAUCACUGGGAACGCUGCCAGACCUAUGUGGAUCGCUUCAUAACCGAAGCGUCGCGCCUGGUCACGCGUUGUCGCAUCGAUGAGAUCGAACAGGGCAUAGGCUUUAUCGACUCCUCCUAUGUUCAGUUCUUUGGCGACGAUUUUCUGCGCACACUCAUUCUACGUUUCGUCUUCUGUGAUGUGGUGCUGCGUUUGCAUCGCGGUUUCCGUGGACGCCACAUGCGACCGCGCUGUGAGCCCCAGCUGCCGGCUAACGAACUGCUCGAACAUCCCUCGCUGUCGCACAUCAUUUUCCAGCUGGCAUCGGCGCUCGAUGUGCGCGGCCAUUUCUCGGAGGGACCCGAGUGCGACUGA